AUGUUUGACGACGAGGCCAACGGUGCUCCUUCGGACGACUGCGCGUACCCAUACAAAGAAAUACGAAGACGGGCUGGGCACCUGUCAUUAUCGCCCUCUACUGCGACGCCAUCGUCUGCUUCACAGAUUGAGGACUGCAACGACACUACAGGAGAAGUGAAAAAAAGCACGUGUAGGACGGCAACUGCAUUUUUGGAUGCGAAGACGAGGGAUGAAAUCCAGCUUGAUCUCGAGAAAUACCCGUCCCUUGACAUGCGGACUCAGCAAAACGUGGUACUCAAAUAUCGUGAACUACACGACAAACUACGCGCAGCAGGUCUUUUUGACUGCAACUAUACAGCGUAUGCAUGGGAAGUUCUACGUUACGUCACCCUUUUUGUAUUGAUGCUUGCGUUUUUGCGUUUCCGGUGGUAUGCGACCAGCGCGGCCUGCCUGGGGGCUUUUUGGCACCAGCUGGUGUUCACAGCCCACGAUGCUGGCCAUAUGGGGAUCACGCACAAUUUCCAUGGAGACACGGUGAUAGGCAUUAUCAUUGCCGAUUUCCUCGGCGGCCUCUCAAUCUGCUGGUGGAAAGACAACCACAACGUGCACCACAUUGUGACCAAUUCGCCCGAACAUGACCCCGACAUUGAGCAUAUGCCUUUUUUGGCAGUGUCGCAUCGAUUGUUGCAGUCCCUGCGAUCGACAUAUUAUGACAAAGUCAUGGAGUACGACACGGCUGCUCGAUUUUUCCUGUCGAUCCAAGCGUAUUCCUAUUAUUUGAUACUGUGCUUUGGUCGCUUCAACCUCUAUCGUCUGUCUUGGCAGUACAUUAUACUCGGUCUUGGGCCGCAAAAGGGCCCGGCAUGGUGGCAUAGGUGGCUGGAAGCUGCCGGGCAGGUCUUCUUCUGGGCUUGGUUUGGGUAUGGUAUUGUGUACAAGAGCAUCGAUUCCAAUUGGGGCCGCUUCGUUUUUGUCAUGGUCAGUCACAUGAUGACGAUGCCUCUGCAUCUACAGAUAACCCUGUCACACUUUGCUAUGAGUACAGCAGACCUCGGUCCGCACGAGUCGUUUCCGCAGCGAAUGCUACGAACGACAAUGGACGUCGACUGCCCUCAGUGGCUCGAUUUUUUUCACGGCGGGCUACAAUUUCAGGCCAUUCACCACCUGUACCCGCGCAUGCCUCGGCACAACUUAAGGACGGCACAAAAAAUGGUGCUAGACUUUUGUAACGAGGUCGGAAUCCCUUACGCGCUAUACGGGUUUAUUGACGGCAACAAGGAGGUGAUUGGGCGAUUGGCGGACGUGUCAAAACAGGCUGCCAUUCUAGCACAAUGCCAGAAAGCGAUUGCUGCUGGCACGGCCUAG